AUGGAUUCAUCUAGAAUGGAGUCUUUGACGAUUUCUACACCAGGCGAUCCCGAGACAACCCUCGACCAGAAUAUCCAUAAUCUCAAGUCAUGCCUAAAGCAGAAGCGUCCUGUGAUCUCGGAAAUACAACAAAUCCAAGUUGCACUACCCACGAAUCCGGAGAACACCCGAGAGAUUUCCGGACACGUGCAGCGUAAAAGCGCUGGAACCUCACGAGCACAGCCACCACCGAGACGGCAACCGCAUGUCGCUUCGUCUAUCAAAGACUCCAAAACAAGCAAGCGAGAGAAAACCCGAAGAAGACUUGGAAACAGCGAAGACAGCGACUCAGACUCGGACUCGAACUCUGCCCGGCAAGGCAAAGAAGACGAGACUACCAUAGCUACGCGCCAAAAAGAGGUUGAGGAUGCGGCCUCGUAUGAAAAUGAACCAGCAGACCGCGAGGCACUGGAGCAAGAAGAUAGAGAGAGGAUGAAACUUUUCCAAGUGCUGAGGAACGUUGCUCUCAAAUGGGAAGACGUAAGCCACGUACGCCGCAAUCACCGACGAGAAGGGGGCUUCAGAAGAGAGCAAUUGCUCCGUCGUUUCUGGAAGAAGAGGGACAACGUGCAUGCAGGACUGAUGCGUUCCUCCCGGAAUACGGCCGGACCUCGUCAGCUAAAUGAGGCUUUACAAAAAUUCCACGAUCAUUACGAUGAUUCGACCAAAUCCGACCGUCUCCGAGAAGAAAUCAAGGGAUGGGACUCCAAACGACAGGACUUUCUCGACGAGGCUCUCUACGGCGAUAUCGAGGAGAAGCUCCGUGAACAAAGCCAGAAAAAAAAGCCGGCCAAGACGUUGGAGGAGAUCAUACUUCGCGUUGAAUCAGAUCUCAUCGACUUUUUUCCCGUAUUUGACCGUCCUUGGCGUGGUUGGGGACUGCAACCUCACGAGAGGUCCAAUUUCGAUCCUGCCAAUCAUGAGAGGUAUUUCCUAAGAGAGAGUCUCAAUAGCAAGGUCAGCUCUGAACAGCGCCUUGCCAGCAUUCUCGGGGAAAUGUACUUGGAGUGGUGGAUUGAGCUGGUACAGGCUCCCAACGGACCUCGAGUUGGUCUGCGUGAGAUGAUCACUGCUCGCCUGGACUCCUUUUACAAGACUCACAGACUUUCGGACGAACUUUCUCGAGUUCGGAGUUUUCUUAUCGAGCCCUAUCUGGAAAGGCUCAGUUCCGGCAUUUCCCAUGCUUUGGAACUCGCUUUAGAGUCGGGGGUCUCUCCCGAGGCGUCGAUACAUCAAUUCCCGGACCAUUUGGACGUCAUCCAGAUCAUCAAAGAAUCACGAGUCAACGGGUCUCUCACACGCGACUACAUGGAUUGGAUAAGCUCAGAUUUGAGUGCUGAAGAUAUCGAGAGUAUCUGCGAGGCAUGGAAAAUAACGUUGAGGACUGACACAUGUAACACGUACCGGAAAACCAUGGCGUCGAUCGUCGACAUUCGACAAGAGUUUUGCCUUGGCGUUCGUGAACCUGGAGUCGUCUCUUUGAUUCUCUUGAAAGGAGGCUAUCCUGCAACAGUCAAAGACGUUUCGGCAGAAGAACUGGAGAACAUGGGCUGGUUUAAACAUGAGAAUGGAGGCUAUUGGCGGUAUGAAUAUGAGAGCGCCUACUGGAGAGGCACAAAGUCGGGAGAGAUGGCCAUCUUUCGUGUAACCAUGGAAGGGGAAGUUCAGGGCAUGCAAUCGCUUAAUGGUGACUGGGUCCAUUGGGGUGAUCGUGAAGAUACACAGGAAGAGUCUUUUCACAGUCUACCUAGACAGCUCUGA